AAGUUCAUGACUGGUCAUCUGCUUCAGAGGAAACAAGAGGUCAUUGAUGUCCUUCACCCUGGGACAGAAAUUUGGGAAACGCUAGCCAAAAUGUAUCAAACCACACCAGAUGUCUUCUUUGCAUUCAGACUCAGGAGCCUCUUUGGUCGUGGCAAGAUGACUGCCUUCAGCAUUAGCUGUGAUUCUUUGGAUUAUGCAAAGGACGAUGAGCCUCAACACAGGCUUGCAAGACAUGGCCUUUACCAAGAGCGGCAGACCGAGAGAGAGAGAGAGAGAGAGAGAGAGAACAGGAGGAAGGUCUGGGGACCUGCAAAGGCCAGUGUUGGUGUUGGCAGAAAGCGAGUGGAGUAG